AUGAUAUACGUGUGGGUGGCAUACACGUAUACUCGAUUAUAUUACAGUGAUAUGUACAUUGUGAUAGGUCUUCACACAAAACAAAAGAAUGUCACUGAAUGGGAGACCUUAGUGCGGAGGCGAGACCGUGUUCAUUCUCGAGAAAAGCUUUUCGCCACAGUGGGUGCUACCAAACACGACCUCGAUGAGUUGAACAAACCCGAGGACUCUAUCGCAAGAGUCCAGGUUCCGUCGCAGGGCGCAGACAACAAGACGAGUAAAAUGCACAGGCUCAUCAGCAAUCCACUGAGCCUUCCAUUAGUGCAGUUUCACCCCGAAGACAAGGAUGUCAAAUUCAGGGAGCUCCCUCCGCGUGACCCCCAGUACCUGGAUGGAAAGAUCUACUUCCUGCGUCCUUCGUUCUCGAACUUGGGCUACCCGUUCACAGCUUUAAGUACGCUGUAUACAGGGGACACGACAACGCCCUAUUUUGCCAUUAAUGGGACACAGGCCAUCAGAUGGACUGGUUUUAUGGAACACAACCAAAGUCAAUACUUCCCCGACUCCAAAAUGGCGAGAAAACGGAUAUGGUUCUUCCUGUCUCUGGCGUUACUGCUGCAUCUCGUCUAUCAACUGUUUACGCAACAGGAACCAGUGGAAGCCGUCAACUGCGAAGGGCAAGAGUGCAGUCCGUAUUCCCCGGCGGAUUCGAAGGACAAUGCGAACGCAACCAGUGCUUAUGCGAACGGCUUGGCUACGACGCACGUUGCGCUCGAAGCUCUGUCGAGUUACGACCCCGAGACUCGACAUUAUUUUGCGAAGAAAUUGAUGGAAACCAUACCUAAUUAUGUCGAUGAAAAUACCAUCAAGCUAUCGGAUAAAUCCACCAAAAAGAUCGUCUUCUACACCAAGUUCUUCGGUGAGGACACCUGGGUCAAAAUGCUCGGCAACGGGACGGACCUUAGGGAACACCAAUGCCCCGUCAGCGACUGCGUCUUCUCCUACAACAUCUCCGAAGCUCCCGAGGCCGACGCCGUCCUCUUCCACUCCACCGACUACAACCCCUUCGACGUCCCGAAGACCAGGCACAGCCACCAGAGAUACGUGUGGGUGACCGUCGAGUCCCCGGGCGUGCAGGGCGGGUCGGACCGAGACUCCCACAACCUGCCCUUCUUUAACUGGACGUACACCUACCAUCGGAAGUCGGAGAUAUUCAUGCCCUACGGGCACCUUGUCCCGCUCAAAGGAAACACCGCCUCCCUUCGCCCUGGCAUUCUCAACCGCUCCGACGACACCUUCAGGGCGUACCUGGCCGAACUCAGCGGCAAUUUGAGGCCCGGGACGGAGGCGCGAAAGUGGUUCUUCGAUAGGCCUAAAGUCGUGUCGUGGAUGGUGUCACACUGCACUACCGCCUCGGGGCGCGAAAUCUACGUCAAGCAACUGCAAGACUACAUACACGUAGAUGUGUACGGCACCUGCGGGAACCUCAGCUGCGGAAUAAGCCAUCUGGACACUUAUUGUUACACGCAACAUCUGAACAAGUACAAGUUCUACCUCGCUUUUGAGAACAGUAUGUGCGAGGAUUAUAUUACGGAGAAGCUGUGGUACCCCCUCCUGUACGGCAUGAUCCCCGUGGUGUUUGGAGGCGCUCAGUACGAGGACUUUCUGCCUCCGAACUCCUACGUGGACGCGACGAAGCUGACGCCGCCGCAAGUCGCUGAACUGCUCAAAAGCAUCUCCGCAUCCCCAAAAGAAUAUCAAAAAUACCACGUCUGGAGGAGGUACUGGAAGGUCGUCAUACCACCCCCGCUGUGCGAACUCUGCGCCCGACUCCACGAGGACACAACGCCCUCCGUGGCUCCGAGCCCCCUCUCGUGGUGGCCGCAGGUGAAUGGAUGCUACACGCGGUAUCCUCUGCAUCUCUUCCCCAGGGUUGACAUGAGGCUCGUGGGCGGCUUCCUGCUGGGGAAGUUCCACUCGGGUCUCCACUUCGUCAGGUCGAUUAUGGAUGACGCCAAGUCGAUGUGAUGACAGGCCACGGGUGGUCAGCGCCAAGGUCUAUAAAUGAUUGUAUAGACACACCUUGGUCAGCGCUGCGGGACGGUUCUAGUCAAACGCAAACUUGCUUUUAUAAUCGCAUUAAAAAAAAAAAAAAACUUCAUACUAAUGAGCAAAGUGAGUGUGCAGAUUGUGUCAUCAUGCUUUGAGUUGCCACCGAUCGUCUUCCAUCUACUCAUGCAACUUCCUCCGUUCUCUGCCUAGAAUAUGUGUGCGUUUUGUAUAGAUAUAGAUAUAGAUAGAUAAAUAUAUAUAGAUAGAUAUAC